UUUAAAACGAAAGUAGAAAGAGGAUUCCUAUUAAAUGCGUCAGAAAAUUUACCGAAAAUCACUCUAUCAUUUCUAUUAAUAAUUAACACAGAUAAGGGAUACCUGUUUCUAAUGCAUUUCAAACCGAAAGUAGAUUCAUGUUUAAUCUAAACAUUUAAUAUAUAGGAAAAUCUCGUUCCACUGACAUCGAUAUUGACGCUCAUCAAAAAUGGGAACGCAAUUUUCAAGAGUGGAACAUGCGUUUUACCCGGAAUGUGAGACUCAAUUAUCUCAACUUGAUAACAUAUUGCUUGUAGUCGCUUCAUCAGUUGAUGCCCUACACUUGUCGUUUUCACAACUUCUACACCAUUUAGACGACCCCUCCACAAAUGAUACUGACAGAAAUGAGUUGCUUAAGGAGAGACAGAAGAAAAGUAUAGAGAUGACUACCAAAAUCUUGUCAAGCCUUGAGACUGGUCUACGCUACCAGACGACAUCUUUACUACAGGAAAUAAGUCAAUUUGCCGGGAUGAUAAGGAAAAAGUCCGAUAAAAGUAAACCUUUAUCAAAUACAAUUCCGAGUUUAGAAAAGUUGAAAAUCGACGCUUAUUUGGCAGGACAAAAACCAGAAUUUUCCGAGCCAGCUGUGAAAGAAAAUAGACAACUUAAUGAUCCAACACAGGCGGGAAAAUCGAAAAAAGAAGCUGAACAUAUUAUCGCAAAACUGAAACAAGAGAAGAACAAGAUUUCAGGAGAUUUGCAAAAAAUGAAUGAUGAAAAUGAAGCAAAUAAAAAGAUAAUCGAGGAAUGUAAAAACAAUAUGACUAAGUUACGGGAGGAAAACAAUCAAUUACUAAAAGACAAAGAAGACCUGAAAAACAAAAUUACCAAACUGGAACAAGACAGUGUUCAGAUAGCGCCAGUUCAGCUCUUCUGUCAGAAGAGGAAUGAUCAGGUAGGGUUUGUCAUACAGGAAAUCGUGGCACAACUAAACGCAAAAGGAAAGUUUGGUGCUAAAAAGCUGGCCUUCAUAACAUGCGAGAACUCGACUGAUAUUCUGCCGACCUUGCCGCUUCUAGUCCUUUGCAUCAAUGCAUCUAGAAUAGGAACAGACGCUGCUAAAUCUAUAGAGGGAAUUACAAAGCCACAAAACAGCGCGUUGAUUGUUCUUCACUACAAAGAUGAGCACGCACUUCCUGAGCAGAGUAGUGACCGGGUGCUGGGCGAACCGGAGUUCAAAUCCUUGGCCGGCAUCUUUGACAUCGGUUUUCAGUCUGGUAAAGGGAUAUACAAUUGUGAUAGAAACACGAAUGCAGUCACAGGCCUGGUGCAAUUUAUACAACAGAUUUUGGAAGAAAAUCCACUGAAAGUUCAUGUUCAAUAAUGACGUUUCAUAAAAAUGUUGAAGAGAGUUCUUAGUUUUAUUAAUAAUGUUCAAGUUGACAACAGUUACUUAAUAAGUUAUUUUUUACAUCGGAAAAAAAAGAAGAAAAUUCUGUUUAACUUAUCAACAAGGAAACAGUAAGACAGUUGCGACAAUCAUAUUCCUUCAUUACAUUAUCAGAUACAUGAUUUUGCUAUUGUUAGAUAUAAACUACAAGAAAAGCAUUGAUGCAAAGCAU